ACACACUGCAAUUCUUUCGUUGUUGUCUUUCCAUCGUCAAGCCCAAGCGCCGGGUCCACCGCUGACGCAUCAACAACAUCAUGGCAUCCGCUGCUGAUCAAAUUACGCCCAAGAUGGACCAGCGUUCAGAGAAAUCGCUUUCUCACUCAGGAAGCGAUGUCGAGAAGCAGGCUGCCCCGCCCAAGGAGGAGUUGCAGCGCAAGCUGUCCUCCCGACACUUGCAGUUCGUCGCUAUCGGUGGAACGGUAGGAACUGGUGUCUUCAUCGCCAGCGGAGGCUCAAUUGCAACUGCUGGCCCUGCUGGAGCACUCUUGGCUUAUGUCUUCGUCGGUACCCUGGUCUACUCUGUCAUGCUCAGCUUGGCUGAGAUGGCUACUUACCUACCCAUCUCCGGUGCAUUCACUCAGUACGCUGCUCGAUUCGUUGAUCCCUCGCUCGGCUUCUCCAUGGGAUGGAUCUACUGGUUUUCUUGGUCAAUCACCUAUGCGCUCGAGCUCACAGCUGCCGGCCUCAUCAUCCAAUGGUGGAACUCUGACCUCAGCAUCGGCAUCUUCAUCACAAUCUUCUGGGUUCCCAUCACCGCUGUGAACUUCUUGCCAGUCGACAUCUUCGGAGAGUUCGAGUUUUGGUUUGCCCUGAUUAAAGUCGUCGCCCUCGUUGGAUUCUGGAUUUACGCCAUCUGCAUGAACGCUGGUGUUGGCGCCCAGGGUUACAUUGGCUUCAAGUACUGGAACUCACCUGGCGCUUUCGCCCCGUACAUUGCUGAGGGACCUGUUGCAAAGUUUGUUGGUUUCUGGGCCGUUCUGAUCCAAGCUGGUUUUGCCUACCAGGGUACCGAGCUCUGCGCUAUUGGUGCGGGCGAGUCCGCCAACCCACGUGUGACUAUGCCCAAGGCCAUUCGCAAGACUUUCUGGAGCAUCUUCAUCCUCUUCGUUUUCACCAUCUUCUUUGUCGGUAUCUUGAUUCCCUAUGACAAUGAAGCCCUCCAAAUUGGCGACACUAAUGCUGGAUCCUCACCAAUGGUCAUCGCCUUCCAGCUCGCCGGUGUAUCUGCUCUUCCCGACAUCUUUAAUGCCGUCUUGCUCACUGUUGUUCUUUCUGCCGCUAGCUCCAACGUUUACUCUGGAAGCCGCAUUCUCGUAGGACUUGCAGAGGAAAAGUGCGCCCCUGCUUUCCUCAAGGCCGCCAGCAAGCGUGGAGUUCCAUACUGGGCAACCUCCGUAACCGCCGCCAUGGGUCUGCUAGCCUACAUGAACCUCAGCUCCAACGGCGAGCAAGCCUUCAACUGGCUCCUGAACAUUGUCUCCGUUGCUGGUUUCAUUGCCUGGACAUGUGUCUUGAUCUGCCACAUCGCCUUCAUGCGUGCGCUCAAGGCCCAGAACAUCGACCGCGACACCCUUCCAUUCAAGUCUUGGGGAGGACGCCCUCUCGCCAUCUACGGUGUUACCUUCUGUGCCAUCAUCACCAUCACCCAAGGUUUCACCGCAUUCGUUCCUUGGAGUACUGAGGAUUUCUUCAUUGCAUACAUCAGUUUGAUCCUUUUCACUGUCCUUUACGUCGGACACAAGAUCGUUACCCGAAGUAAAUUCAUCAACCCCGCGGACGCCGACAUCCACACUGGAAAGUUUGAGGACGAGAUCUCCGAGACCUGGGAAGAGUCCUCUGCCAGCGGCUGGAAGAAGAUUGUGAACAAGUUUCUUUAAUUUCUGAUGUCUUUGUAUAUUCUAAAUGUUGGGCUUGAAUAACAAAAGUGCUUUUUGGGAGCGUUUAUCGAGGACCGCAUGGCGCAGCGUUAGGGGGUGUACGAUUGCAUUGCAUGGCGUCUGUUAUUCUGUUUCUUAACUUCGUCGAACCGAUACCAAUGUUAAUGUUCUGAAAGUUUUCACA